GUCUGCCUCAAAGCGAUGCCAGGACGCCACGUCCAAGCAAAGCACCCGAUGCCAUUGCCACCUCCCAGCACUCACGCGUGAGCGUGACUAUAAAAAACGCACCCUCUGCAUCCGCCCCCGUCUGCCUGCCCUACCGAAUCUUUCGCCGUCCCAUCAGCCCAGCAAUUCUUCGCUGUUCGAGGACCCCUCGGUUUCGACCGAAGCCCAGCAAGCCGACCACACACCGCUGCCGUUGGUUCCGUCCCAAGAGAUGGGCAAGUCCUGGUCGCUCAUCAGCCACCUCCACACCGUCGCCGGGCCAAGCAUCACCCUGCUGUACCCUCUGUACGCGUCGGUGUGCGCGAUGGAGAGCCCGUCCAAGGCGGACGACGAGCAGUGGCUGUCAUACUGGAUCAUACACUCCUUCGUCACCCUCCUGGAGAUGCUCGCCGAGCCGCUCCUCCACUGGGUACCCGUGUGGUACCCGGCCAAGGUGCUGUUCGCGGCGUGGCUGGCGCUGCCGCAGUUCAAGGGCGCCUCCUUCGUCUACGAGAAGCUCGUCAGGGAACAGCUCCGGAACUACCGCGCCAGAUACCCGCGCAAGGGCGCCGCCGCCGCCGCCGUCGGCGGCGACGACGACGACCAUAAGGUGCACAUAGCCAAGGUAGGCUGAGGCUGAGCACGACCAUGUGCAGUGAAAGCGUGUGGAGACGACGCAGGAGCUGACCGGAGAUCAUCACAGGAACUUCUGUAGAUCUGGUGUUCCAAGGUGUUCAUUCGAUGUAUCAUCCUACGUAUCUCUGUAACUCUUGUGGACUGCCGGUGUCGCGUAAUGUAUCUGAACUCUUCGUGAGUGCGAUGGAACCCCCCUCCCCUUGCAGCACGAGAUGCUUCUGUAAGAACGAUAACAUGUAGACAAGCCAAGCGCCUCAGCUCCUUAAGUGAAAUUCUCUACUACUACUACUACUAU